GGUCCCUUUGGAGUGGAGGGAGGCGGGAGGGUCUCGCCCCUUCAGCAAAGGUCGGGCGGACUCACUUUCAGUGGCUAGCAGAGCUGAGGAGAUAUGUGAUGGCCGUCCCCAGAUACCUGACUGAUUCCUAGCUACAAGAGGAAGCCUUUAAGCUCAAAGCCACCAGGAGCCCUAAAACAUCGAGGUCUCCAGUGGUUCAUGAUGGCCAAGAACUGAGAAAAGGAACAGGACUGCAUUUUAGAACCAGAAGAGGACACCGAUGACCAGGGAGGAGGAAAGCUGAACAAAUUACCAGGCUGAGCUCCAUUCUUUAAAUUAGGUCGUAACCUCUCAUAACCUAGUCUGUCUGAAUAAACUGAAACAUUUGCCAAUUUCGAAUGACUGUGGAUAUUUUCCAAAGAACAUAACAAGCACUAGAAUUUCUAUAUUCCCCUCUGUGGCUUCCCAGCAUGGCUGCAUCAGAUGUUCCUGCAGGAGGCAUGUCAGAUGCCAUGAUGUCCAAUAACAGCAGCCUGAACCUGCCCACCUUUGUCCUGACCGGCAUUCCUGGGGUGGAGGAGAAGAACGCUUGGAUGGCCUUCCUCCUGUUCCUGCUCUGUGUCUCCGUGCUGCUUGGAAACAGCCUCCUUCUCUUCGUCAUCAAGACCGACCGAAGCCUUCAUGAGCCCAUGUACAUCUUUCUUUCCAUCCUGGCCUGCUCAGAUCUGGGACUCUCCAUGUCCACCUUCCCAACUAUGCUGAGCGUUUACUGGUUUGACUCCAAGGACAUCAGAUUUAAUGCUUGCAUCACCCAAAUGUUCUUCAUCCAUGCCUUUCAAGUGUUGGAGUCUGGCAUUCUGGUGGCAAUGGCUUUGGACCGCCUGGUGGCCAUCCGUGAGCCACUGAGAUACCGAACGCUCUUCCCAAACACUGUCGUGGCAAAAAUCGGAGUAGCCGCUGCAGUUAGAUGUAUCUCUGUCUGCUUCCCGGUUCCCUUUCUGAUUAAACGCCUACGCUUCUGCAGAUCCAGGAGACUUUCUCACACCUACUGUCUCCAUCCUGACGUAAUGAAGCUGGCCUGUGCAGACAUUGAAGUCAAUGUCCUAUAUGGUUUGAUUCUUCUGAUUUUGACGUUGGGGUUUGAUGUGGCCAUCAUCCUCGCCUCCUACGUUGUGAUUUUGAAGACGGUUCUCGCCAUUGCAUCCCGCCAAGGACGUUUCAAGGCUCUCAACACUUGUGUCUCCCACGUUUGUGCCAUCCUCAUUUUUUACGUCCCCAUGAUCGGCGUCAGUCUGCUCCACCGGUAUGGGAAGCACCUGUCCCCCCUGGUCCACAGGCUGAUGGCCAACAUCUACACUGUGGUCCCUCCGCUCCUGAAUCCCAUCGUGUACAGCAUGAAGACCCAGCAGAUUCGUCAGAGAAUGUACAACGUUUUCCCAAAGAAGCAACACAGGAUUUUAUGGUAGGAAAUUCUGAGAGUAAGAAAAAAGGACAUGGAUUGCGCUGAAAUUAAAACGUUAUGGAAGAACAGAAUGCCAAAUAAAGUGUUUCUGGAAAAGGCUGCAGAAGCUCAUCUGUCGUGACCAACAUUUCUUUCCUACGUGAGAGUCUGAUGGAGAAACUACCCCACAAUGUUGGGGAAGAAGCUCGGAGUUUCCCCACCCCCACCCCCAUCUCAGCUUUUGGAGAGCCAAACUAGCCUUGAAUCUAUUCCCCUGACUUGCUGUGGGAUUUGAUUUGGUCUUGCAGUCCAUUUAAGGUCGACUUGAUGUUUUGGUCGCCACGAUAUAAAAAAGCUGUUGAGAGUCUAGAAAGAGUGCAGAGAAGAGCAACAAAGAUGGUUAGGGGACUGGAGGCUGAAACAUAUAGAAAACGGUUGCUGGAAUUGGGUCUGUCUAUUCUAUAGUCUGAUAAAGAGAAGGACCAGGGGUGACAAAAAAGCUGUCUUCCAGUAUUUGAGGGGCUGCCCCAAAGAAGAGGAGGGGGUCCACCUCUUCUCCAAAGCACCAGAAGACAGCAUAAGAAGCAAUGGAGGGAAACUAACCAAGAAGAGAAGCAACAUGGAAUUAAGGAGAAACAUCCUGUCAGUGAGAACAAUUAAUCAGAGGAACAACUUGCCUCCAGAAAUGAUGGAUGCUCCAUCGCUGGAGGUUUUCAAAAAGAAAGCCUUGCGUGGCUGGAAUGGGAUAGGGUUUCCUGUCUGAGCAGCAGGUUGGACUAAAGUCCCGUCCAACGCUGUUAUUCCGUUUAUUAUAACAUGAGGAAAAAUCGCUGCAGAGGUGGUGAUCGCUGGGCUUGGAAGGGACUCCGUAGGGCAGCCUUUCCUGCUGGGUGGGGGAUUAAAGCCUCCAGGCAGGGGAGCCCUCUACUUGGGGGCGGAGGAGGCCUUACACUCCAUCCCUCCAGAGAGCAGCUGCCCCUCCUAAGUGGGACCACCAGGGAUCAUCCCUGCUACCUCUGCAGGUUCUCAGGCCCCCAGGUCUCCUCUGCCUCUCUUUUCUCCCCCAUCCAGGGGGGCUCAGCUGCCGGGGGAAGCCGGCAACCCACCUCCAGCCUCUUUCCCUGAACCUGCUUUUGAGUUCCCAAGAAAGCCCCAAAUGGAGCAAAACUUGGCCAACUGGAGCCCAGCUGCCCUUCCUGUUCACAUUAUUUUCCUUUAUUUAUAGAAAAGCCCCUGCUCUUCCUUUCUCCCUUACAUGGGCUUCAGGCCAUCCACCCCUGGCUUUAAAAAUAGCAGCAGCCGCAGCAGCAGCAGAUCAGCCUUUGCUGACUGCAGGACAAGAGCUCUCUGGAGCUGC